UUUAUAGAAUAAGAAAGGGAAGAAAAAAAAACCAACAAGAAAAAGGUUGGAACUUUAUUAAAGAAAAAAGAAGGCUUUUCUGAGCCCCUAUAUAAAGUAGUGGGAAGUUGAAGGUAGGUGGACUGAGUGAUGAUAGUGCAAAUUGCUGGGUGGGGUACUACUGUUGUGUGGGUGUGAGAGUUUUGUUCUUGCUUGCUUCUUUUUCAACUUGUUGAGCAAAGUUUUAGGCUUUUACGACUGGUUUUUCAUAUUUGGGAAGAAUGAGCUACUUGGGUGUUGGUGUUAGUCCUGGGAAUGUUCCGGUGUAUCACAGCACCAAUUUAAAAGUGAUUGAUCGGAGAGUGAGGGUGGCAGAGUUGGUUUUGAGGUGUGUGAUCUGUGGUUUAGGAGUCAUUGCUGCUGCUCUUGUGGGAACUGAUACCCAGGUCAAAGAGAUCUUCACAAUCCAGAAGAAAGCUAAAUUCACUGACAUGAAAGCUCUUGUGUUUUUGGUGAUAGUCAAUGGGAUAAUUGCUGCAUACUCUCUGGUGCAAGUGCUGCGCUGUGUUGUGAGCAUGGUUAGAGGAAAUGUGCUCUUCAGCAAGCCCAUAGCUUGGAUCAUUUUCUCUGGUGAUCAGGUGAUGGCAUAUGUGAGUGUGGCUGCAGUAGGAGCUGCUGCGCAAUCUGCGGUGUUUGCCAAGUUGGGGCAGUCAGAGCUGCAAUGGAUGAAGAUAUGCAAUAUGUAUGACAAGUUCUGCAACCAAGUUGGGGAGGGAAUUGCAAGCGCUUUAUUAGUUAGUCUGAGCACUGUGGUGCUCUCUUGCAUUUCUGCUUUCAAUCUCUUCCGCUUGUAUGGUGGCAACAAGAGCAAGAGCAGCAGCGCCACCAGGUGGUAGGGGGUCUAGGUCUAGCCAGCCUUCUUCUAGGAACCACAAAGACCCCAACAAAACACCAACCACUACUUUGUAACUAAAACUAGUCACUUCUUAUGUGUGAUGAUUAGACGGACGGUGAUGAUAAAAAUGUAGGCUUUUGCUGCCUUUGAAUUCUUACAAUAAAUUGAUGAGGCCAGUAUGUUCUUGUAGAGUU